AGAGGUAGAACCAAACCCACAUUUGAUUAAAAAAAAAAUAAGGGGGGGGGAAGAGACUUUAAAAGGAGAAUCCUGAGGUGGAGCAACAGCAGCAUCGCUGGAAGUAAUUCAGGAACCUUCCGGCCCUGGGGAGUGGAGUCUAAAGAACAGCCUAAUUUCUUAAGAGGAGGGGACUCAGGGCUUGGUGCCCCCCCCUUCCCCCCCCCAUCCAGCAUGUUCUGAGCCCACUUUGCUUGUUUUUCUCAUGAAGCCAAAACCGCUUUCCGAAAACCACCAUGCACCAGCGUACCAUCUUCCAUCCGGUCCUUUUCGCCUGCGGGAAAACCUUUUGACUUCCAGAUUAAAAUCCCUUGCAAUGCUUUCAUUAUUUUUAAAUUAAAUUCUCCAUUGUGCAAGGGACUUCCGGUUUAACGUUGCUCUGCUUUGUUUUGUUGUUGUUUUUUCACGGCGCCAAAACACGGGAGGCUCGCUGCUUGGGGUAGGUUGAAACCCCUCCCCCACAAAAACAAACAAACGUAUUGACUUGCUUUCCUUCGCCAAACGCCAUCAUGUCGGCCAGUCCCGGACCUUUCUUGGUGUGGGUCCAAGAAGUGGCCUCUUUGCUUAUGUUGCGAGUGCGUCGCACAGUUCUGCAGACGGCUAUUUUGUUCUGCGUUUUACUCCUCCUCCUCUGGAUCUCCAUUUUCCUCUACGGCAGCUUCUAUUACUCCUACAUGCCGACGGUCAGCUAUGUCAGCCCUGUCCACUACCAAUUCAGGACAGACUGUGGCCAGCCUGGACCUGAACUCUGUUCCUUUCCUGUUGCCAACAUUUCGUUCAUCAAGGACAGCCGAGAUCAGGUCCUUAUGUACGGCCAACCUUACCGCAUGUCUUUGGAGUUGGAAUUACCCGAAUCACCGGUCAACCAGAAUCUAGGCAUGUUCAUGGUGGUGAUUUCUUGCUACACCAAAGGAGGCCGGAUCAUUUCUUCUUCCGCUCGGGCUGCCAUGUUGCACUACCGUUCGGGAUUGUUACAGAUGCUCGACACGCUGGCUUUCUCCGGCCUCUUCCUAGCUGGGUUUACAGAACAGAAACAAACGGUGGACGUUGAACUGUACUCUGAUUACAAAGAAGAUUCGUAUGUUCCCACCGUUGGGGCAGUGAUUGAAAUCCAAACGACUAGAAUUCAGAUUUAUGGGGCACACCUUAGAAUUCACGCACAUUUCACUGGUUUGCGGUAUCUCCUCUACAAUUUCCCUGUGACGUCGGCCAUUUUGGGAGUAGCCAGCAACUUCAUGUUCCUCAGCGUCAUCGUCCUUUUCAGCUACCUGCAGUGGAUCUGGGGCAGUUUGUGGCCUAAAGAAACUCUCUCUGUACAGGUGUGUGUUUUGGGAUGGGAGUUUCUUUGCUUGCUGCAAGACACACACACACAAAGGCACCGCACAACUUUUUAG